AUGCCACCACCAACAACCCACUCCCUCUCCCCCUCCCUCCCCCUCACCCUCAUCGUCGCAACAACCCCAAUACGCGUCGCGUCCACGACCACCCCACCCUCCGAAAAUGCCGCCACACGUCUAGGAAUCGGCCUAAAGGGCACCCUCCCCUGGCCACGCAUAAAAGCCGACAUGAGCUUCUUCGCGCGCGUGACAUCCCGCCCCCCGAAACAAGGCACAACGAACGCAAUCAUCAUGGGCCGCAAGACGUACGAUUCGGUCCCGAAGCACCUCCGUCCGCUGGGGAAGCGGAUUAGCGUUGUGAUUACGCGGGAUCGGACGGGUUUGGUGCGCGAAGGUGUGUUGGCGGAGUUGGAAGCUAGGAAGGUUAAGAUGGCUGCUGCUAAGGCGAAGGCUGAGACUGAGGCUGGGAGUGAGAGUGCGGGGCCUGGGAAAGUGGAGGAACCUGUUACCGAUGCGAUUGUUACGCCUAGUUUGGACGAGGCGCUGGAGCGGCUGGAUGCUGUUUAUGGGCCGGAGGGACUGGGGAAGGUUUUUGUCAUUGGGGGUGCGGAGAUCUAUGGUGCUUCGUUGAGGGGUGGGGGGGUUUUGGCGGGGAGGCCGGUGCGGAUUGUUAUGACGCAUGUGGUGCGGAAGCGUGUUACUGACAGUGGCGAGGAGGUUGAGGUGCCGUUUGAGUGUGAUACGUUUUUCCCGGUGGAGAGGUUUACGCCGGAGAAUGGGUGGCGCUGUGUUAGUUCGGAGGAGGUGACGGAGUGGGUUGGGGAAGAUGUUACUGGGGAGUGGAAGCGGGAGGGAGAUGUUGAGGUUCGGAUGGUUGGGUAUGAGCGGUUGGACUAG